AUGGGCUCUCCCUUUGAUACUGGCCCAAUGGGCCCGCACAUGCCUCCUCCCAUGAUGGGCCCUGCGCCUGGUUCCUAUGGUCACAGAAACAUCAGUCUUCCGCCUGACUUCCCUUCGAAUCGCAUGCGCCCAGACAGCCAGCAGCGAUACCACCAUGGAAGCAGCGAUGCUAGACUCCAACUUGCAGACCCCUUGACUGACCCCUACAUCCAGCAACCGCGCCAGCCCUACAACAGCCAAGGCUAUAUGCCCAACGGUGCUACCAACAUUCAGCCAGCCCCCGGCGCUACUCCUCUGCUGCCGAACCAAGGCCGCGUCCUCCAGACUGGCCCUAUUCGAGUUCUUUGCAUAGCUGACGUUCGAGGUAAUCUCCGUUCCCUCAACGAACUCGCAAAGCAAGCACGCGCCGACCACAUCAUCCACACUGGUGAUUUCGGUUUCUACGAUGACACCUCGUUAGAGCGGAUUGCGGAGAAGACUCUUAAGCACGUCGCACAAUACUCUCCUCUCAUUCCGGAACAUGUCAAGAAGUCGAUUGCCUCGGGCCCUGGCGGCGUCAAGUCUCGCUAUGCGCCCGAGCAGCUGCCUCUUUCUGAGCUGUCUAUGCUCAUCAGCGGCCAGCUCAAGCUAGAUGUUCCCGUUUACACUGUCUGGGGUGCUUGCGAGGAUGUCCGCGUCCUCGAAAAGUUCCGAUCGGGCGAGUACAAGGUCCCCAAUCUACACAUUAUUGACGAGGCUCGCUCCAUGCUCCUAGAGAUUGGUGGCGUGAAGCUGCGACUUCUUGGCUUGGGUGGUGCUGUAGUCAUGCACAAGCUGUUCGACAAUGGCGAGGGCCGCACUACGAUUGCUGGUGGCCAGGGCACUAUGUGGACUACCCUAUUACAGAUGGGCGAGCUCGUCGAUACGGCAAACCGCGUUUACGAUCCGACCGAAACUCGUGUCUUCAUCACACACGCCUCGCCUGCCCGAGAGGGUAUUUUGAACCAGCUAUCCGUUAGCCUCAAGGCCGAUUUCUCUAUUUCAGCCGGUCUCCACUUCCGAUACGGCAGCUCCUACAACGAGUUCAGCGUGAACCCCACCCUCGAUCAUUACCGUGGUAAGCUGGCUGCCUCGAAGGCAUCUUUCAACGACGUUUGGGAGACUGUGAAGAACGAGGUUGAGCCUGCUAUCCAACAGAACGAAGCUCAGCAGAAUCUACUCAAGAAUGCACUUGGACUUGUUGAGAAGAUGCCUACAACAGCCGCCGGCGGUAACCCUUUUGGCGGCCCUGUUGGCGGCUCUGCAGCUCUGGGACAAGUUGAUGAGAGUGCCUUCAAGAACAUGUGGAACUUUAACCUGGCUGAUGCCGCCUUCGGAUGGCUGGUUCUGGAGAUUCAGGAUGGUCGUAUUGGUACCGAGAUGAGAGCCCAGGGUUUCAACUUUUCGCACCGUGGCGCCAAGCAGCAGUCCGCUAUGCCGAAUACUAGCACGCCCUCGCCUGCCCCAACUGCCAGCGGUCUCCCCGCAGCCCCUACGUCUGCCGUUCCUGCUGCUCCUACAGGUCCUCAGCGUAACCCUUCGGCAACCCAGGGCAAGCCUGCUGCUGCCACGCCUCUCCAGCCCAAGCCUGCAACCCCGAAGCCAAUUUCAUCAUCUCCCGCUCCCGGCUCUUCAGCUGCCAAGGAGAACGACAGGCCUGGCGCCAAUGGCGCUACCAGUGGACCUGACACAGCACCCUCGCCGGCUCCCCGAGGCGCUGCCACUGACAUCAUUGGUCUUUUCAUUAUGAACGUGCAGUCUGAUGAGCAGACUCGUGAUCUCUUCCCCGAGGAGCACAAGUCUAAGAUUACGAAGGUGGACAAGUGGGGUACUAACAGCAACAACAAGGUUGUUCAUUUCAGCAGCACGGAGGACCGGGAUGCAGCUUUGGCUAGCUUGCCAGAGGAGUACAAGUCCCGCCAAGGCGAGGAUAGAUCAAAGCCCUUGGUCAAGCUGUUUCAACCUAGAGAGAGCAACAAGCCUUUUGCCCGAGGCGGUGCAGGCACUUGGGGCAGCACAAGGGGCACCUCGAGCGGUCAGAGUGGCUAUCGCAGCGCCACGGACCGCGGCACUGCUAGCGGCGGCGAAAGCGGACCCGAGUCUGGCCGCCGCGGAGGUCGUGGAGGGUCUAGAGGCGGAAGAGGAGAUCGCGGUGGUCGUGGAAGAGGUGGCCGCGGAGGUGUAAAGGGUGGUGAGGGUGCUUCCCCUGCUCCCGGAUCUGCUGCUCCUGCAGACUCUUAG